GCCUUAGUAAGGAGGAAGCCACUGGUUUCUCUUCGUGCCAGACUUGCUCGUGCUGCCAGCUGUGCCGAAUUGCUGCUCUAACGCCCAGUGGAGGCCACGCUGGAUUGUGGCUGCCAUGCUGGGAAGCCAUCAGGAAACUUUGAUGGAAUCACCACAGACUUUCGCCUACCCUUUUAACCAGAUUUCCCAGGAUUUUGCUUCCUCAAAUGCAAUGACUCAGCAGCUCCAGGAUGAAUUUGACAGCAGUGUGGAGAAUGCAGAAGCUUGGAUGAAGGCCAUCCAAGAGAGACUGAGGAUCAAUGACAACACCAAAGGACCUCGAUCUGCCCUGGAAGCCAGACUGAGAGAGACUGAGAAAAUCCGUGCCCUGGAACCAGAAGGCAGCUUGAAAAUGGACUUGAUUCUUGUGAAGGCAGAUGCUGCUCUUCGCAGCAUCAGUGAGGAGAAGAAGCAUGAGGUACUCUCUAAACUGAAAGACAUUAAAGCCCUGUGGGAAGAGACAGCCAUAUACAUUACUCAUUGUCACAGCCGCAUUGAGUGGGUCUGGCUGCACUGGAGCGAGUACCUGAAGGCCCAGAAUGAGUUUUACACAUGGAUUCACAACAUGAGGGUCACCUUGGAGCCUGACAUUGAGUUGCAGCUUGGCUUAAAGGAGAAGCAGUGGCAGCUGAGCCAUGCUCAGGUUUUGCAGAAUGAUGUCCUAAAUCAGUCAGUCCUGCUGGAAAGGCUGCUGGAGGAAGCUGCUUCGUUGUUCAGCAGGAUAGGUGACCCCAGCGUUGAUGAGGAUGCUCAGAAGAAAAUGAGGGUGGAGUAUGAAGGAAUCAGACAAGAAGCUCAGAACAGAGUGAAACUGCUUGAAACGAUAACCAAGGAACAUGAGCAGUACAGCGCCAGUGUCAACCAGUUUCAGUCGUGGCUGAGUGGUGUCACAGAGAAACUAAACUGCUGCACUGGAGGAGCAACCAAGACUUCAGCAGAGGACAAGCUAAAGGCACUGAAGGAAAUUGCCAAAGACAUUAGGAGUGGUGGAAAGAAAUGGAAGCACCUUGAAAAUCAGUGUGCAGAGGUGAUUCAGAAUACCUCUCCACUUGGAUCUGCAAGACUGAAGGAUGAACUUGAAGAGCUAAGAAAAGCCUUGGAGAAGUUGAAACUGCUCAGUAGUGAGGAGGAGGAGAGAUUGCUCAAGAUCCAACAAUCUGAAAGUGCCUACGAGUCCCAAGCCAGACAAUUAGAAGCAGACAUCCAGCAGCUGAGGAAAGAUCUACAGAGACUAGAAAAUGACCUGGACCCUGGGGAAGGGGAAAAGACUGAAGAUGAGUUUGUAACUCUGUGGAAAAAAUGCAAUGCAACGAGAGCAGCUCUGGCUGCAGAAGAGUCAAAGAUUGAGAGGCUGAAGGCUCAGCUUAAGGAACUGCUACGGUUUUCCCAAGAUGUGCAGCCACAUGCUGAGAGUGUUGUCUCUGCAAUACAGCAGUAUCAAAGUGUUAGAAGCAAGACUUCUAAAAUGAGCAGUGAUACAGAGACCCAGCUGUGGAGACUCAUCCAAAAUCCCCUGCAAAGUUUUGAGCAGUGGAAGCCAUCGGUCCAGAUGCUCCUGGAGACUCCAGAGCCAGAGCUGGCUCACAUUGAGGCUGCUCUAGCUGAAAGCUCCCAGUUCAAAGAAAAGUUGAUGAUGUUACAGCUAAAGAAAGAUGUGCUAAACAAUGUCCUUGGUGAGGAAAAGGCAGAGUCUUUCCUUCAAGAAGUAGCUGAAGCUUCAAAGGAGAGAGAAAUUCUACACAAAGGUCUGCUGCAAAGCAAGAGCAAACUCCAGAAUUUGAUAAUGCAACAUAAGAACUUUGAUGCUGGUUUUGCACCAUUGCAGAAGAAAUUAUCUGCCAUCAAAGCCAAAUUAGAUCUGGAGAAGGAACCACGGCCUGACCUCUUGGGUAAAAAGACACAACUCCAGAGACUCCAGAUGAUCCAAGAUGACUUGGCAGAGCUUGCCAUUCACAUGGAGGAGGUAGAGAAGCUUGUGCAGUCAAAUACCACACACAGGCAUGAAAUGAACCAACUCUCAUCUGAUUCUCAGGCCCUGAAGAGAUCACUGGAGCUGAUGAUACAGCAGAGUGAAGACCAAGUUCAGAAGCACUGGGCAUAUACUGACAAACUGUCUGACCUCCAGCAGUGGAUCUCAGUAACCAGGGAGAAGAUUGACUCCUGUCAGGAUGCUGAGGGAGAGCAGAACACCGAGGGCAGGCUGGAAGACCUGGAGAGACUGCUGGCUGAGUUUCCAGAUAAGGAGAUCCAGCUGCACCUUGUGGAAGCUCAUGGCCAGUUGGUCAUGGAGAAUUCUUCUCCAGAGGAGACUGCCCAUGUCCAGGCAGAGCUGGAUCAGCUGAAGGAGUCGUGGAAAUCACUGAAGGAGAUGGCAACGGGCCUGCUCAAAAAGUGGCAGUUAAGCAGACCAGUGGCUGAGAAGAAGAAGAAAAGAGCAUUUGUGGACAGCAGAUGGAUGUCUAGACCUGCUUUCCACCUUUUUGAUGUCGAUCCCAACCAUAAGCAGGAGAAGAUGGGAGAGGGGCAAACUGCAAGCACCCACUUGAAGCUCCUACAUGACUUUGAAGAGUGGCUCCAAGGAGAAAACACCAAACUGACCAAAAUUCUUGCUGGGACUCCAUCUUCUGAAGAGCAAAUUAAGGGACACCAGAGCAAACUUGAGGAGCUGCAGUCUCGUGUGCCUCAUGGUCAGCAUCUCUUUGAGGACCUCCUGCAUCUUCAUCCUGUCGUGGGAGGUUCUGAGGACCUGGAGGACCUGCGCUACCGAUGGAUGCUCUACAAAGCCAAGCUGAGAGAGGCCCUGAGCUCACAGGGUGCUGGAUCUUUGGAGGAGCCAGACAGAUUGAGAAAGGAGCGCUCCGGAGGCGUGUGCUGGUUCCUGCGUCGCGCGUGCCGGGCAGCGCUUCCCCUGCAGCUGCUGCUGCUGCUGCUGCUGCUCCUGGCCUUCCUGCUGCCCCUGGCAGAGGACACCCACAGCUGCACCCUGGCCAACAACUUCGCUCGCUCCUUCCAGCUGAUGCUGAGAUACGAGGGCCCACCCCCGACGUAGCUCCUUGGCACGCACCAGGUGGCGGCGGAAGGGCAGACUCUGGUUUUAACUGCAGCUCGCGUAGAUUUUAGGGCUUCUAACACAGCCAUCAUGCCAACAGGAUAGAUCACGUAAUGCAACAUAAGAUUAAUCCCACUUUAAUCAGGUAUCUGAGCAAAAUUAAUAUUUUUACAAUUUUUUUAUUAUUGUAUUUAUAAUAUGUAUAUAGAGAUUGUGUAUGUGUAUGUAUGUACAUAUAUAUAUAUAAAAAUGCAUAUCUGUGGUCAAACUAGCAACCACCAUCCACUCAUCCACUGUUUAGAGAUAAUUCUGCAAUGUUUCUGCCAUCUUUCAGCAAGCAAUACUGAAGGAUGGUGUUGUUGUGGGAUUUUCUGGGUGAUUUUUAACAUCAGAUUUUGGUUUACAGCUGAAGUCAGAGCAAGUAUGAGAACAUGUGGUCGUGCACCAGAGUGUAAACUGGAGAGCAGGCACAGCAGAAUCAUGAGUGGUUGACAUUCAGCCCAAGGAAGAUUUGGACUUUUCUCUUUGAAAUCUUGAGCUGAUUUUUUCAGUAUCUGGAUACAGGGAUUGCAGAAGCUAAUAGAAAUGUUUCUACUGACUUCAGUAGGAGUGGGAGUGGACCACCUCUUGUUCUUAUUUUUUACAAGAUUUCUUUUCCAAUUACUGUAUUUUCCAGCCCACCUGAAUCAGGAGAGGUGGAAUACAGUGGGAAGAAAGCUAGAAAAAAAAGAAUAUAUUUUUUUAGCAUUUCUUUAUCAGGAGAACUUUUAAAAUCAGAUCAUAAUUUUCUGAACAAAUUUGUGAGCACUGAACAAAACCUUGUGUCACCAAUCUUGUCUAUAAAAAAGAGUAGGCUUUUUGUUAGAUUUUUGUGUUUGUGGGGAUUUGUGGCUUGGUUUGUUGAGUUUUUUACUUUAUAAAGAGGCAUUUGGUAACAGAUUAUAAAGUCUGAACAGUGGGAUGCAGCCUGGCUCAAUGUCAGUAAAGCAAAAGUUGGAAGUACUUUAAUAAUACCACCCUGGAAAGAAGAUUCCUACCUAGGAUUCUUUUGUAUUAAUGGUUUAUUGAAAAUUGUGUAAACUGAUUGUAUCAAAGACAGUCAAGCAUAGAUUUCUGUGUUGUCUAAACUCUAAAAUUAUGGCAAUUUGUCAUUUAUUUACUUAACCCUAUGUCUGAUUUAUCAAAUUUUUGAAUGUACAUUAUACAUUGCCUUUAAUGUAAAAGCAGUUUUCACUUCAGAGUGAUGAAGCCAUUCUUAGUGGUGUUUUACCUAAUUGACUCCUGAGAGAAAAGGUAAUUUCUAAAAAUUUAUGCCAUUUCUGAGAGAUAUCCUUUAUUGUCUCAUGGUUUUAGCUACAGCAGUAAUAAUGAAAAAAAAAAAUAACAGAAGAAACAGUUACUUUGCCUCUCCUGGCUUUCUUGGAGGAGGAAUUUCUCUUCUGUGUAUCACUAUGGGGUACUUGGUGUUGUUUUCUGCAUAAGGUCUCAAAUAAUAUUGUAGCUGACAGACUGAAGGAGGAAGGCACUUAUUUAACAAAAUCAUUAAAGUUCUGUUCAAGAAGCAAACUUGUGUAGAAUCAGGAGGCAUAACAGCACGGAGCUCAGUUUAGGCACGGGAUUAGGAGAGCAGGCAGUGGGAAAGAGGAGCAGUAAAACAUGGAGAGGAGAGGUAUCCAUCAAUUUGUAAAGCCUUAGAAAAGGAGUCACAGUUAACACACAGGACAAGAGCACAGGCUCUAUGGAGGAAAAAAAUCUCAGAAUCCUUUUGACUCCCCUUCCCUUCUACACUCAUGGUAAUAUUGCAUAUUAAACAGCUUUUCUUCCGUUUUUAAGGUUUGAAAGGGGGUGAGUCAGGUCUUCUACAUGUUCUGAGGAGACUCUCCCAGCACCAGGACUCUGUCCCUGUGCUCCUAAUAAUGUCUCUGACUGUACUGGGUUUGCUAGAGUUGGAUUAAAAUGCCAAAAGUCUGCUAAAAAUGCAAAGAGCAGAAGUUAAAGGAGAGACAGCAGGGAUGGUGAAGGUAUCACUCAAAGUGCAAGGGGAGCAUGGAGCAGGAGCUGAGGUGAUGUGGGUUAAAACCCUGGCUGUCAGGAGGUAGCAGAAGAGUUCUCAGAGCAGGCAGAAGGGACUGGAAGCAGAAAGGUGAGCAGAGUCCCUGUAUAAGCAUGGACAAUUCACUUUGGGAAGUGAAGGAAGGCCUCUGAUUUCUUUCCUGAAGGAGCCAGAUGGAGGGAGCUGUAAUUUGUCAGAGAAUGAAGCAUAUUAAUUCCUUCCUUGCAGCCAUUUUUUCUGGUGGCUCCCUCCUCCUGACAUACCUCCUGCUCUCCAGAUUAGCAGUGCAAGUGCCAUGCACAUUCCUCUAAGAAUUGCUGCCAGCCCAGGGGGAAGAAACCCCUGUGGCUGCCCUGCAGGGAGUUAAUCAUCACACACUUCUCCAUGUUAAAUUCAAUCUUCCUUUAGAAAAGAAGGGUGGGGGAAGAGGGGCAGUUACCAAACCUGCUCUGUGUGGUUGUGGAUGUGUGUAGGUGUGCCCACACCUUUCUGUGAUGUAGCUACAUUGCAGUUCUCUGGGUUUUGCUGAGCUGAUCCAGGUGAUGAAAGUAAAAUACCAGUGAGAAAGCAAAAAUAAUGAGGAAUAAUAAAGCUGCAAAUGGAAGACAGUAGGGAGAUGGAAAAGUUUUUUCUAUGAAAGCACAAAAUCUCUCAUCAGAUUUCUUUCUGCCAAGCCUUUCUGAUCUGGGUGAUUUGUUUGGGUUCACAAAUGCAUUUGACACCAUGGGAGUGUGUAACAGGGAGAAAAAAAUUCUGCACAGAAGAUCUUACAAGAACAACUGCAUCAUCACCUUGAUGUUUCAGUGUGGUGGCAGGUUUAAAAAAAAGAACCAAACAACUAAAUUAGAAACACACUUUUGCUUCUGGGUUUGCAAUCAGUUUAUUCUGUAAAUCCCCUGUCUAUAAUCUUGGAAAGUUUUGCUUUAAAUCUCAGUCAAUCCAUUCUCAUUAACUUAAAUAAUCUGAAUAUCUCACAGAAGUGAUGAAUAUUUCUACAUCUUUGCAAUGAAAACUAUCCAAAGCACAGGACUUUAAUGUUCAUAUCGCUGAAAACAACUCAAGUCUUCCAUAGUGUCAUUUACCUCACCAGUCCAAGGCAGGUGUGAGACUUUUCUGACAAAGAAAGAAAUAAAAAAAUCACAAAAGUAAGCUUGAGAUGUAAAUGCAAAAUUUACUUUCGUUUUUAUUCUCUUGUGGGUUUUUUUAUUUCUGAAAAGCUUGCAAUACUGAUUCCUGGAAGUGUGUGUAAAUAUUAAUCAAGUCAGUAAUUGGAAUAAUGAGUCCAGCUUCCAGGAAACUGUACGAAGAUCAGAUUCCUCAAAACACAAACUAAAUCCAAAGGAUUUAGUUUUUAAGGACUGGUUUCCAAACCAGUCCUUAAAAUCUUGAGCACAGUUCCUCACCUUUGUUCACAGAUGAUUUGGUGGUGAUAUGCUCACUUUUGUGCCUAUAAAAUCCCCAGCUCAUACAUCUCUGACAUCCAGAUGUAACUGAGAUGUGCUAUAGCUCAGGUUCAGACUGGGCCCACUGCCUUAAGCCUUCCCUUGCCAAAACAUGGGAUGCACAGAACCCUGGAUGUGUCUGCAGCUGAGGACUUUCACUAUUUUGCCCCGGUGCAGUUGCAGCCACAGUCAAAGGCUGCUAAAAGCCUCUGAACCAUAUGGGGUAUGUUUGAGGUUGAGUGGUUUUUGCACCUGGCCUGCACCCCCUGCAGACACCCAGCCUGUUCAGAGAGCUCUGUCUGUGCUCCUGCCUGCACUGUGGCACCCAGGAGCUGCUUGACCACGUUAAUGACCCUGCAGUGCUGAAGGCAAAAUCCUGCACUCCACUGCCCAUGCAUUACAGUAAGACAUUACUGAAGGCACAAUCCAAACCCAACCUCUGGCAUGAAAGCAAGCCUCAUUUGUAAACUGUAAUUGAUUUUGAAGCCUGAUGCCUUCCAGAGAGCUUUCCAUGGCAGCAAUACAUUGAGGUAGAAAAUUGCUAUUGUGCCCCAUGUCUAUUAACAGCCCUUUCUCUGGUUCCAGCCAGCAAUUUAAUUGAUAUUAAAUAUUAUUUAUAUAUGCCCUCCUCAGAAAUGCCUGUAUGAAAAACAUCUUCAGUUCUAAGCACAUACAUUAGCAAUGUUGUAUUCCUCUGCUAGCACUCGAUCUCCAAAGCAGUCAUGAUUUCUGCCAAGUGCUACUUUAUUUGUGCUGGCUGACAACUUAGAAGAAUCAAAAAUUUGAAGCUGUAAAUAAAGCUACUAGGCUAACUAAUAAAACCACCUAGUGAUCACUGAAUAAUUUGGACAGCUUUUAGAAUAGCUUUAUGCUUCUCCUUAAUCCCUUUUGUUGGAGUAUUUGUAGACCUCGGAGAGAAGAAAUGUCUCCAAAACUUAGCCAUUCCUAGAGAGACAGAUGGUGAUCUCUGCACAUCAGAAGAAACAGUAUUUUCUCUUUAGCUGCUCUAGACCUCAGGAGUUUAUUACAUCUGAUCUCCUUUUCAAUAUUAAAUAGGGAAUGUUUUACUUUGAUGUGAGUGCAUAAACAUCUCAUUAGCACUAAAGAGAUUUGAAGAGUGAGUUCAUGUACAAUAAUUCUUUUAACUUGUGUCUACACAAGAGAGUACAUUGUCCUCUUUUCUUUAGGAAAAAAACCCAACCAAAACUGCUGUGUGACAGAGAUUCCCAGGCCAAACAAAGCCUUUUGGAAAAACUGAAUAUUACAGACUGAAACUAAAUUAUCCACCAUAGGAAACUGGAAAAAUAGUAUUGCCUUUCAUGAAAUGCUGGCAUAAACCCCCAAUAAACAUGUCUUUGCCAGGCAUCAUAGAUGUCUUUCAAGUCGUAGGUUAAGUACCCAGCUGGCUGUAAGAGCUGCUUUUGGAGGGUUUACUACCCCAUGGACAGGAUCAUUUGCUGGGGUGCAGCUGAAAACACAUUUGUCCAGAGAACUUAUACCAACUUCUGCCAGAAUUGCUGGGGGCUGUUGAGGAUGUUCUUAGCAGCUCCCAGACCACUGACCUGCUCUGAGCUAUUACAAGUUUUUUGCAUUCAUUUAUCUGUCAGAGGUUGGCAACUCUCAGAAACCAGUUUAUUAAAAUACAAAAGAUAAUAUUUCUGGUGCAGGCAAUAUGAUUCAUUGAGAAAUCGAACUUAUUACUUUUGCCAUAUUUAAAAAAAAGACAUCUGUUGGUUAUACUGGAAUAUAAACAGGUUAGUUGUAGGUGUUGGGUAUCAUCCUCCUGUUGGUGACAUCCUCCUGUUGGGCAGGAUGUUUUAGGCAGGAGGCAUUUUGACUUGUACAUGUCCAUUUAAGAAUUGUGGGAUCAUGUUGCACUUGUUAAAUGGUAGACAAGUGCAAAGAUAAACAAAGAUUCUUGAAUUUUAAAAACAAACAAACAAAAAAAAACAAACAAAAAAACCCCCAAAAAACAACCACCAAACAGAAAACCUCCAAAAACCAAAGUAGGAGGGAAUAAUCUGUCACACACAGUUGGUUUUUUUAUUAACUCUUUUCUAUCCAGUUUAAAAUAUGAAUAUGUGUCUACCAGAGAGUUAUCAGCAGAUAUGGAAAAAAAGGAAUAUAUAUCAGGAAUAUACCAGUUCAAACUGUAACCUAAAUGGCACUUCUGUUCCCUAGCCUGCUCCAGCAAAUGCCAGAUUUUGUCUCAUUGUACCUGUGAGAUAAGAACCCUCCUCCUAGUAAAGUGUGGGUGAGGUGAAACUGCACAGCUCAAGGUGCAGCAUCCCAGUGGAAGCAGCUCUUCCAAAGGCAGCCUGAAAUCUCCAUGCAAGAGGAACUCAUAGGUCUGGCAUAAUGAGAGCAGUCCUAAUUAGCAGGACUAAUGACAUGGGCACAAGGGCUUUGCCAUCCCAGGGCUCUGUCAGACAGAAUUUUGACAGCAGCCGUCAGCACAGUUCAGUUUCAUGUCCCUGGCUGUGGAAGGAGGCUCCCCUCAGGGUGAUUCACUCAAGCUGAGAUUUGAGCCCUGGAAGUGUUUUUUUCUCUUCAUUAAAUGCAGAGGAAACUGCUAAAUUAGACCCCCUCAGUGACAGGUUAAUGGUAGGUGGUGGGUGCUGAUGCUCCAGGAAAAGAUACAGGAAAUGCUAUUAUAGAUUGAGAGCUAGUCAUGAUGGUCUCUGCUCAGUUCUCAGGAGGCAGAGAUGCAUUGUAGAACUGAGGUGGGACUUUUUCUGUUCCUUUUCAAUAAAUGUCAGGUUGUCUUUAGUCUUCUGGAUUCUAGGGGCAAGCCUAUUCAGUGCCUUACUGAAUGCUAGUGGCUUUCUGGCUUCAGAGCCAUUUACACCAGCAAGUUCCACAUUAUUCCAAGUUGUGUGAUAAAGGUAUUCCCCUGAACUGGUUUGGGAUCAGAAACCUUUUGUUUAGGGAGUGGGGAUGGUUUGAUUUUCCUUCUUUUGGCCACUUUGUGCUGAAUCCAAGGAAGCAGAAAGACCAGCACCCUUUCCAGGCCAUGUUUUGUCUUUCCUUCUUUUAUGAGAGCAGAGGAGAUUUGGCUUUGCUUCCUUUCCAAAGUAAAUUAUCCCAAUAUUUUAUUCUUCUUUUCCUGUUGCAGUUCUUCCACAGCCUAGGUCAUUCCUAUCACCUUGAGUGUUUUCAGUGGCUGUUCUUCCUCAAUACCUAGAGGAAAAAAUCUGGUCCGGUUUCAAUGAGUUUAAAAUCCAGUAAUUUCUUCCCCCAUUGCAGUUCUCCUGCAGAUGCUCUGUCUGUUUCUGCUGUCCCCUGUGUCAAGCCAGGCUUCAUCACUACUGGGGGACUCCAGUCCUGGCCAGCCAUUUCCUCCAAGUCUCCUGGCCAUGUCCUGCCCACAUCUGCCUUCAGUUUUGGCUCAGGGACUGCCCUUAAUAGUCACAUCUGCAGACAGGGUGAGGCUGCCACUUAACAAACACUUAUUAAUAAUGAAAGCCUCACUAUUAGCAUUGCUCAUAGCCUGCCCAGAGCCUUUUUCUCUUCACUUCUCUAAGCAGGUUUUGAUGUGUAAUCCAAUUUCUGUGUGCAGAAAAUUGCCCCUCAGUCAGCACAGAGGGCUGGUGGUUCAGCUCUUGCAUUGUCACUGCUGGGGUAAGAGCUCCCAGGUGCUGCUCAGCCAGGGUCUGUGCCCUUGAGCUGCCAGGAGUGUUCCACUGUCAUUGUUAUACACCCUAAAUAAGCCAGAACCCCUUUUUCUGACCUGGGAGGAAAAAGAAAGAAAACGAAAAUGAUCGCUUUUAACAAAGUGAUUUCACAAGUCAUUUAUCAAGCCCUGUAGCAAGCCAUUUAUUUCAGCUCCUUUUUGCUCCAUGAAAAGCUGUGUGUUAAAAGGGAGAGGUGAGUUUGGAGAGCAGUGCCACCGCCCUCAGCAGCACUUUGCUGGGAGGCCUCCCUCUGGAACUCAGGGCUUGGAGCUGCUAUUUCUCCUGAAGUGAUUCCCACCUAAAUCAAAUUAUUUCUUUUGUCAAGGCUAAUAAGCACUGAACACCACAGACUUUGUUUCCUUACAGAUAUGAGUGAAUGCCUCUGUAUGGUACUUUCUGUUGUCAUUAAAUAUAUAUAUAUAUAUGUGUGUGUGUGUGUGUGUGUUUUUAUAUAUAUAUAUAUAUAUAUAUAUAUAUAUAUAUAUAUAUAUAUAUAUGUAGGUAAUGGGGAGCAUAAUUAUUGCUCUAUUUAAGGUGACAUUCCACUUUAGUGUAUCUUUAAAGUGCAGCUUUUAAGAAAAACCCUGUCUUAAAGGGCAGCUGGAAGAGUUUAGAGGUACAUGUUGUAAUGAGCUUUGAUGAGAUUUAAUGAGCUUUGAGUUUGGGUUCCAGUCUUUAGGGUGAGAAGCACCCAAGAUGGUUUUUCCAUCACAUUCCCAGAUCAAACCCUGUGAGAAUUUAACCUGGGAGGCAUUGCUUGAACACUGGCUGCUCCUGAAGGUGUUUGCAUGUGCUAUGUGUGUGUCUGUCCUCAAACUCCAGCCUCCAUGUUGUAUAUGAGCUUGACUGGAAGGCAAAAGACACACCUUUGUCUUGCUCCAAGACCCUGAUGGUAAUUUUUGCCUCAGUAGAUGUUUUCCCUUUGAUCAGUGUGACUCAACUUUUUUUUCCCUUUUAAUUUGUGUUAGCUGAGUUUAUCGGGUGAUUCCAGGAGGGCACACUCCAUCUGCCCAGCCUCAGAGCUUCCCUUUCAGCAGCAGAGCUCCUUCUCAUUUGUUUACUUGACUGUACUGGACCACUGUGAAGCAAUUACACAAGCAAUAAUGCAGGUGUUGCAUUUUUCUGUCAUUGCCUUUCGUGAGACAUAGCUCUGCACUGGCACCAACAAGUGGGAGGAGACCAGAAGCUGCAUUGUUGUUCACUGGCAAUACAACCCAUGUCCAGUGCUCCUGCAGAGGUCCUCCCUCCUCAGAGCAGUGGGCUGUCUUGGGCCCAAUUUAGUUCAUAAGCCUGGAUUUGAAACAGUUGUGGAUCCCUUCACCAGCACUCCAUCAAUCUCGCUUCCAUCAGGUUUUGUGCUUUUGUUUAGUCUCAAGUUAGAAGAAAGUGUAAAGAAAUGUGCUAAGACUCCCAUAGAGGGUGAGUAAAUAUCCCAUAUAUUUCACAAAAAUUAUGACAAAAUGAAGGGAUUUGCUCUCACAUUGAACAGAAUUAAUAAAAAGUUCUAACUGAUAAAUUAAGUAGUUUUUAAGAACAGCCUGGAGCAAAGUUUCUGCAAUCAAACUGUUCUCUGCUUUUAAUUUAAAAAUCAGCAAAUACUGAGGUACGUUUUGCUGCCUUCUUUUAGAAGUGACCUGAAACUAAAAUGUGAAUUCUCCUUAACAGGAGGUUUAUUGAUGUGAACCUAAAUUUCACCAGCAUGUCCCAUGUUAGAUCCCCUGCCUGUGGGCACAGGGAAAACCAAAGGCUGUUCACAAGAGAAACUCAUAUUAUGAAUGGUUUUAAAAUUCUUCAGAGCUCCUACCCACUUCCAAAUGUCAGUAAUGGGGAGGAUCCAAAACCUUCCUGUGAACCCUGUCAUUUUGCAUGUUGAAAUCCUGGCUUGAAUUCAGGUCUCCACUUCAGCUUUUGUAAAUGUUAAUAUUCAAGUAGAACAAAAACCUUAGAGGCAAUUACAGCAUGAACAUCUCUUCUAGUUUAUGUGUAGUAGCUGAUAGCAAAGUCUGCAAUAAUAAUCUGUGUUUAUACAUGUGCUGUACAGUGUAACAGUUGAGUACAAAAUACCUUUUAACUGUCACGAGAAACUAACUGGAUUGAUGUCACUUUUUGCUUGUAUGAAUAUAAUUAUUUGCCUUGCAGGGACCAGUUCCACUUUUGUCAUGUUAUUUAUGAUUUUUGAAUAAAAUUGUGAUAAAUUAGGCUCGUUUCUAAGGUAAACAAUACUGGAGCCAAGCAGCUGUCUCUGGACAUGUGCAUGUAAUCACAGCUGAUAUCAAGUCCAAGUCCAACUCCUUGCUUUGCUUGGACCUUUCUUUAACCUUUCAGGCUUAUUCAGGGAAAUGUGGACCACUCUAUUUUCUUAUUAAAAAUACAGCUUUGUGAAAAGCUGAACUUAUUUUUUAAAUCCUUUCUUUUCUGGUUCAGAAAGACUGUAACAGUCAUAUUUUUCUAAACUGCCUAUUGCUUGUGUUGGGAAAUUAUACAGAGAUAUAUAUUUUGCUCUACAGAUUUCCAUGUACUUUUGGAACUCUUUGUUUUCAUAGAUAAAUCCUCCUGUUUGCUAGAAUUUGCUCAAAAAGCUGUAAGCUUCUGUAUACUGACUCUGUGAAAUUCUAUAAAAAUGCAGCUGCAUCAAAAGACUGACUUUAUGUUUUAUGUAAAUUGUUGGAGCUAAGUCAUCCUGAGUGUUAUGCCACGCAAGAGGUACAGAAAGAAAUCAGGUCAUUGUUUUGAAAGGCUGGCCAGCAUUAUGUCACACUGCCUCAAAGUCCCAGAUGAAAGUCAGGAGAGUUUCUUCUAGGAAUGGUACCAUUUUGGGCCAUGAGUGUAGUUUUUUUACACUGUUUAGAACCUUAUUUGAAAAUUAGUCCCAUGAAACUUCAUGGGAAAUAUUAAAAAUAAGAGGCUGUGGUGUGUGAAGAGCUAUGAUAGAAUAAGGACCUUUUCUAAUGAAGUACAGGGCCUUUUAAGUAGUUAAGGGACUAUGAUUUGAGUAUUUCAGGACAACUUUUGUGUUCUUUUCUGAGCUGUGGACUCCACCUGUGUAUUGUGGAUUUAUUCCAUAGCUGAAAUGCCAGAUUAAAUUGAUUUAAGCCCCGUGAGCAGAUGAAAAUAAUAGAAAGCUGCAGUGAAAUAUUGCAGAAAAUGGCCUGAUUUCAUUCUUCAGAGCAAUAGUUAAAGUAACUCACAGCCUUGGCUUCUUUGCACCUGUGAAGCAGAGGCCCUUGUUUUGUACCUCAGCUGUGGUAUAACAUGGAAGGAUUUCUGCUCUCUGCUUGGAAAAUACUGUCUAUUUCUCACCCUUGUCAAAGCAUAAUAUUUCCCAAGUAAAAAAAAACAUCUGAUUCUUCAAGACUCAUAGGGGAGUUAAGGGGCAGCUGGAACCUUCUGUGAUCCAGCCACAUUAUUCCAAAAGUUUAUCCCUCAAUGACAAAUAAAAUAUGAUGUGACUUUGCUGUUUGCAAGUAGGAUCAAGAGACUGGAAAUUCAUCACCCCAAGCCCUUGCCUGUUCUAUGAUGCUUCAGUGUUACCAAUGAACUGUGUUGAAUUGGAUUAUAAAAUCAGAGUAUUUUAUUGCAUGUGUCCUUUUUUGCAAUGAAAAUAUAGUUGUAUUUGAUGUUGCAGUUAUAGUGCAGUAAAUAAACAUAUGUGCAUUUCUUUUUAA